AUAAUUAAUUCAUCUGCCAUGGUUUAUACACGCUCUCAAGCUCAAAAGGCUUCUAAAAAUGCCCAAAAUCCCGGUCCUCACCAUGAUACUCCAAAAAAGUCCCGUGUUCGCGGCGAAAUCGAGCAUGAACGAGUGCGACGGAGACUAUAUGGUUUCGAGACGACGCCCUCGAACAAUUCAAUAUUCCACCGUAACGGCAUACCUAAAUCAUCCGGUUAUCGAAUUAUAAAGUCUUCUCGAGGAAACCGACGAACUUGUGAAAAAGAAACACGCGGUCGGAAGCCAAUCAUCAGCCCUACGCAGCUCGCAAUGCUCGAUCAGUUGGUAGAAGAGAUGGACUCUCAAGACAGAGAAAUGACGUGGGAAACCCUCGCUACAGAGGCUGAUAUUGAUUGCUCAGGACGUACGAUACAAAGAGCAAUGCAAUCGCUUGAUUACCAUAAAUGUAUCGCUUGUCGAAAGGCCUGGGUUUCAAAGCAAUUGGCUACUAAGCGUGUCGCAUACGCGAAAAAGAUGCUCGCCAAAUACCCUACGCCAGAGCACUGGAAACACGUCAGAUUUAGCGAUGAAGUUCACUUUGGCCUUGGGCCCCAAGGCAAGACUUUGAUUAUCCGGAAACGAGGCCAACGGUAUUGUUCAAAAUGCAUUCAACGCGUCGAUGAUCCCGAUGAGGAAGAUAAGAAGAAAGUCCACGCUUGGGCAGCCGUCGGGUACAAUUUCAAAGGGCCACUCGUAUUCUACGAGAUCCCGAGCAAUACAAACGGGAAGAUGACGCAGGAGUGCUAUCUUAACGAUAUCCUAAAGCCUGUCGUUGGCGGAUGGCUCGUAAAUGGAGACUAUUUCGUGCUUGAGGAGGAUCAGGAUAGCGGUCACGCACCACCAAGAUCUACGAAGACAAAGCCUUCCGCCGCCUCGAGGUGGAAAACGGAAGUAGGACUUCAUUGUUUCUUUAAUUGCGCAGGAUCUCCGGAGCUCUCGAUCAUCGAGGACUGUUGGCAACCGAUCAAAAGAUAUGUAAGGAAAUACAGGCAUUGGGAACCCGAGGAAACGGUACAAUUAGCAAAAGAGGCAUGGUACGAGCGUCUUAAUCAGGAAUGGAUUAAUAAACGGGUGCUUUCUAUACCUGAUCGGCUACGUAAAGUCAUCGAGUCUGAUGGGCAGCUUAUUGGUUAUGGCGGUGGAAUGCCGGGCUAA